AUGGCUGGCGAAAAUGAACAAGAUCCUGCUUCCCAGGAUGCCCAACCUCCCUCUUCCGCUGCCCCCGAGGCACAGCCAUCGGACCAAAAUCAAGACCAACCCCAUCUUCGAGGAGGCUGCAUUGACCACGAUGGUAUGUGCUGUGGUGUCUGGCCGGCCGAUGGUUGCUACCCCGGAGCGUUCUGUGCCCUCUGCACCAUCAUGUGA